AUGCCAAGUAAAAAAAAAAAAUACAAUGCCCGAUUUCCAGCAGGACGCAUCAAGAAAAUAAUGCAAACUGAUGAAGAAGUUGGAAAAGUUGCUCAAGCUGUACCAAUUAUAAUACCUAGAACAUUAGAACUCUUUGUACAUUCAUUGCUGACGAAGACAAUGCAAAUUACUAGUAAUAAAAAUGCCAAAACACUCAGUACAUCUCAUAUAUCUGGUCAAAAGUGUUCCUGACGUCUCUAAUGCUGAUGACGAAGUACAAAGUCCACCAAUGACACCAGCACCCACAGGAAUUAAUUCUAUCAAUCCGCCAUUAAAUAUAACGCGUGUUCACCCUGAAAUACGAAUCCCAAAGGAAUUGACAAUAACAAAAAAGUCAACAGAAGUCAAUAAUCAUUCACAAGACUGCCUAGAAGCUAUUAAAAGCAAUAUAAAAUUAGAAGAGGCUGCACCCUCACCAAAUCGAGUUCCUAAUUUCCAAAUUGCAAUACCGUCGUCAUUCAAUGAUGGUAAACCAAAUUUUUAUACUGAAGUAAACCCGUUGAAUUUGUCUACGCAGCAGAUUAAAGAAGAAAAUUCAUCACUAAUCAACGUUAAUAGUAUUGAUGAAGAUUAUGAUACCUAA